UUAAACAAGAUAGGUACCAAUUAAUGUUAAAAUCGCAUUAAAAAUAAAUGGCAGAAUGUUCGACAUUAAAGGUAAAGUUGCUAUUAUUACAGGAGGUGCUUCAGGUUUAGGUUUAAGUUAUGCUAAGGAACUUCUACGAAAUGAAUUACACGGUAUAACUUUAGUCGAUAUAGACGAAAAUGCAGGAAAGACGGCUUUGAUGAAGAUAGAGAAAGAAUUUGGUACAGGCAGAGCUGUUUUUGUUAGAAGUAAUAUAUCAUCAAAACAGGAAUUCGAAUUUGCUUUUAGAAAAACGCUAGAAACAUUUAACCACAUCGACAUACUGAUAAAUAAUGCAGGAAUCUACAGUGAUCUGAAUUGGGAAAAUGAAGUAGACAUAAAUAUAAAAGGAACCAUUAACGGUAUCAUCUUAGGUUUAGAAACGUAUUUAAAAAACCACAAACAAGGCGAAGAAGCUGUAAUUCUAAACACUUCUUCCAUAGCAGCCAUAAGACCCGGUCCAUGGAUGCCGAUCUACGGUUGUACCAAAGCAGCCAUUGCUGGAUUGACCCAAUCUUGGGGUCAUGAUUUCCAUUACGAAAGAACCAAAGUUAGAGUGGUUGCAAUCUGUCCCGGAGGAACCCACACGGGAUUAUUUCAGGAGAAAAAUUGUGCAUUAACAUCGGAAUAUAUGGUGGCCCAAGGGGAGUCAAAGGAAAAGAAUGGCCCGGAUCACAGACAAAGUCCAGAUUUUGUUUCCGAAGAAGUUGUGAAAAUAUUGAAGUACGCAAAGAAUGGUUCAUUAUGGAUAGUUGAAUUUGGAGAACCGGCAUAUCAAUACGUAUUUCCUGAGAGGGAAACUUUUAAAGAAAACUUAAUAGAGAAAGUUUGAAGUCAAAGUUAGUGUUAUCCGAAUGAAUUUAAAAUCCUAAAGUGAAAUAAAAUAUGAAGGAAACGAUGUUAUUGUACAAUUAUUAGA